CUACCUAUAUCAGAAUUGCGAUCCUAUUAUUUUACUUACAUUUUUGCGAUGUCGAAUUCGCUACCCUUGUGUUCGAAAAUAAUCGCGGAUUUCCUAUGAUAUUCGUUAUCUAGAGUAGGCUAUACAAUUUCUCGGUGUGAAACUGAGCAACUUCAGCUGUUUUCUGUAGGAUGUCUCGCCGCAAGCAAGCCAAACCAAGAUCAUUGAAAGUAGAAGACAAUGCGACAGAGGACCAGCGAAGCACUGGGCCUGGGCAGGUUGCCACUCCAAGCGAUCCGGAAGCUGAAUUAGGGAUUCCGGCGGAAGAUGGUGAAGAAGCUGAUCUGAAGAGGAAGCUGGUCUCUGUGGAGGAAGGGGAGGAGGGAGAGGACUCGGAGACGCUGCACAGCUGCGGCGGGUGCCGGCAGGUGUUCGAGUCGCUGCGCGAUCUCACCGAACACAAGAUUAAUCAAUGCCAGCUGACAGACGGGGCUGAUUUUGAAGAUGACCCUUCCUGCUCCUGGCCAGAAUCCUCACCUUCCAGCAAAGACCAGACAUCGCCAAACCACCCCGGAGACGACUGCGAUUUCGGAGAGGAGGAAGGAGGCGGGCCAGGCCUACCGUACCCGUGCCAGUUCUGCGGCAAGUCGUUCAGCCGGCUGGGGUUUCUGAAGCGCCACGAGCAGUGCCACGGCGACCGGCUGCCCUUCCGCUGCACCUUCUGCAGCCGCCUCUUCAAACACAAGCGCAGCCGCGACCGGCACGUCAAGCUGCACACCGGCGACAAGAAGUACAGCUGCACCCAGUGCGAGGCCGCCUUCUCCCGCAGCGACCACCUCAAGAUCCACAUGAAGACCCACGCCUCCGGCAAGCCCUACAAGUGCGCCGUCUGCCGGCGCGGCUUCCUGUCCCCCGGCUCCCUCCACGGGCACAUGCAGGUGCACGAGCGCGGCGCUAAGGACGGCGGGAAGGAGGCGAAGGACUGCGACCGGGCAGAGCCGCAGAAGUGCGGGAGGUGCGAGGAGGGCUUUGACGUCCCGGAGGAGCUGCAGAAGCACAUCGCCGAGUGCCACCCGGAGUGCUCCCCGCCGCCUCCCGCUCCUGUGCCCGAGGUGGGGGGUGGAGCCCUGCGGUGUGUAUACUGCCAGGAGCCCUUCUCCGAGGAGGGGGCGCUCCUCGACCACAUUGACCGCGAGCACGUUGGGGACGAGAGGGGUCACCUGUGCGCCAUCUGUUCUGAGAGAUUCACCGCCCCUGAGGACCUCUGCAGUCACAUGGACCUCCACCAGCAGCCUGAGUCCAGUAACCACAGCAACAGCCCCUCCCUGCUGACGGUGGGCUACACCUCUGUCUCGAGCACCACCCCGGACUCCAACCUGUCUGUCGACAGCUCCACCAUGGUGGAGGCGGCCCCACCCCCGCCCAAGGCCCGCCGAAGGAAGCGGGCGGCCCAGCGGGCCAACAACGCAACCACCGCCAAACAGGCCAAGUUGGCCUACAGCUGCAUCUACUGCAACAAGCAGGCCUUCUCUAGCCUAGCUGUGCUGCAGAUCCACCUAAAGACCAUACACCUGGACAAGCCAGAGCAGGCCCACACCUGCCAAUACUGUCUGGAGGUGCUCCCCUCCCUGUGCAACCUGAAUGAGCACCUCAGGCAGGUCCACGACGCCCAGGACCUGAGCGGUGGAUUUUCAGCAGGUAUUCUGCAGUGCAACUUCUGCCCCGAGGUGCUGGCCGACCUCAACGCACUCCAGGAGCACAUCCGCUGCUCCCACGGCUUCCCCAGCCCUGUUGCCAAGGAGAGCAAUGCCUUCUUCUGUCCUCAGUGCUUCAUGGGAUUCCUCACCGAGACCUCCCUGGAGGAGCAUGUGCGGCAGACCCACUGUGAUGGGGGGAGCAUGCGGUUCGACUCGCCCCUGGCUGGGACUCCCAAGGACCCCAUUGUGGAGGUGUACUCCUGCUCCUACUGCACCAACUCGCCAAUAUUCAACAGCAUCCUGAAGCUGAACAAGCACAUCAAGGAGAACCACAAGAACAUCCCUCUGGCUCUGAAAUACCUAAAUAAUGGGAAGAAGUCUCACCGAGCCCUCAGCCCCUCGUCGCCCAUGCCGCCGGACCAGGCCUCCCUCAAGCAGACUUCCCGCUCCACCGCAGAGUUCAUCUGUAACCAGUGCGGUGCCAAGUACUCCAGCCUGGACCUGUUCCAGACACAUCUGAAGACGCAUCUGGACAGCGUCCUGCCACUGCUCACCUGCCCACAGUGUGGCAAGGACUUCCCCAACCAGGAGUCCCUGCUGAAGCACGUGACCCUCCACUACACCAUCACCUCCACCUACUACAUCUGCGAGAGCUGCGACAAGCAGUUCACCUCAGUGGAUGACCUGCAGAAGCACCUGCUUGACAUGCACACCUUUGUCUUCUUCCGCUGCACUCUGUGCCAGGAGGUCUUCGACUCCAAGGUGUCCGUCCAGCUCCACCUGGCCGUCAAGCACAGCAACGAGAAGAAGGUCUACCGCUGCACCUCCUGUAACUGGGACUUCCGGCAUGAGCCUGACCUGCAGCUGCACGUCAAGCACAACCACCUAGAGAGCCAGGGCCGGCCGCAUCGCUGCAUUUUCUGCCGGGAGUCCUUUGGGACAGAAGUGGAGCUGCAGUGCCACAUCACCACCCACAGCAAGAAGUACAACUGCCGCUUCUGCAGUAAGGCCUUCCACGCCGUCGGCCUGCUGGAGAGGCACCUGCGGGAGAAGCACUGCAUCUUCGAGGCCAAGCCCCAGGCCAACUGUGGUUCAGCUAAUGGCUCGGGGGCUGCUGAGGGGCUGGCUGCUAAGGAUGACCCCGAGCUCCAUGGUCUGGCCACCGCCAAUAGCCACAACGAGUCGCACAACAGCCGGGAUGGCAGCGAGGAAGAGGAGCUUGAUGCCUCUGAGCCCAUGUAUGGGUGUGAUAUCUGUGGGGCGGCCUAUACCAUGGAGUCCCUGCUGACCAACCACCAGCUGCGUGACCACAACAUCAGGCCCGGGGAGAGUGCCAUGGUCAAGAGGAAGGCUGACCUGAUCAAGGGCACCCACAAGUGCACGGUCUGCUCCCGGACGUUCUUCUCCGAAGGGGGCCUGCGGGAGCACAUGCAGACCCACCUGGGCCCCGUCAAGCACUACAUGUGCCCCAUCUGCGGUGAGCGCUUCCCCUCCCUGCUUACCCUCACCGAGCACAAGGUCACCCACAGCAAGAGCCUGGACACGGGAAACUGCCGCAUCUGCAAGCUGCCCCUCCGGUGCGAGGAGGACUUCCUGGAGCACUGCCAGAUGCACCCGGACCUGAGGAACUCCCUGACAGGCUUCCGCUGCGUGGUCUGCAUGCAGUCCGUCACAUCCACCCUGGAGCUCAAGAUCCACGGCACAUUCCACAUGCAGAAGACUGGCACCAUGCACCCCAUUGCCGGGGUGACCGGAGCCGCUGCUCCCACUGGCCCCCCGGUGGGCCGCGCGCACCUCCAGCAGAAGGCCUACAAGUGCGCCUCCUGCCUGAAGGAGUUCCGCUCCAAGCUGGAGCUGGUGAAGCUGGACAUCAACGGGUUGCCGUACGGACUGUGCGGGUCCUGUGCCGGCACCGGCAGCACCAGCUCCAGCCCCACGGUGAACGGCGGCAAGCAGCAGGGCGGGAAGCUCAGCCCCGCUUCUGGGAAGGGAAGGUCUGCCCCCGGCUCAGGCCCCGCAUCAAAGACGCGCUGCCCCAGCUGCAACGUGAAGUUUGAGUCUGAGGCGGAGCUGCAGGCUCACACGCUGAGCGUGCAUGGGGACGCGUCCGGGGGGGAGAGUAACAGCGGCCAACACAAGACCCCACAGGUGUCCCCCAUGGCUCGGGGCAGCCCCUCACAGCCUGAUGAGAAGAAGACCUACCAGUGCAUAAAAUGUCAGAUGGUCUUCUACAGUGAAUGGGACAUCCAAGUGCAUGUUGCCAAUCACAUGCUGGAGGAAGGACUGAACCACGAGUGUAAGCUGUGCAGCCAGACGUUCGACUCCCCGGCCAAACUGCAGUGCCACCUGAUCGAGCACAGCUUCGAGGGCAUGGGGGGCACUUUCAAAUGCCCUGUCUGCUUCACAGUGUUUGUCUUGGCCAGUAAGCUCCAGCAGCACAUCUUCUCUGCCCACGGACAGGAGGAUAAGAUCUAUGACUGCUCCCAGUGCCCACAGAAGUUCUUCUUUCAGACAGAGCUGCAGAACCACACUUUGAGCCAGCACAACAGCUAACAUGGGGGAAGGCUUCAUCUCAGACGAGCUCUCACAGAGGAAGGAAAAUUUCUUUUUAAGUCGACAUAAAAAAAAAAGGCAAAUGCGGUCAAACUCUAACAUAUUCUUUGCACGAAACUUUCACUGCGGUUGAACGUGAACCGAAAUCAUGUGUGGUAAGAAAAAUACCUUGUAUUCUUUUUUCUUUUUUUGGGAAAUACACAAAAAAAAGACUAUGGACAGUGUGAUUUGAAUAUUUCAUAUCAGAUUGACAUGCUGUAAAUAAUACAAUUCACAUGUUGGUUAACUCCAUCGAGCAUUUUGACAGUCCGUUCCCAGAUCCCUCUCCAAAGAACAGUCAUGUAAGGCCGCAUGCGUUUGGUAUGACCGGGAGGGACCGGGUCAGGUGUCCGAAACAGAGGGGAGACCGCAAACCCAUUCACCAAACGCAACCUGAGUCCACAUCCAGACCCUCCAUGUAAUGUUGCGUUGAAGUUUUGGACGUGGAUCGGUUUAAUCUGCUCUGCCUUUGGGCAGAAAAAAAACAAAAAAACAUAACCAUAUAUGCAAUAGCGGCGACACCGCCAACACGUCUGUUCCAACGUGAAGUGAAGAGUUUUGUGGCUCUAAUCGUUUUUCCGGCAAAAGGGGACUUUCCAGCUGGAGAAUUGCCGGUGGAAUAACUGUUUUUAAGGUCUACUCUAUGGACAGAACCAGGACAGUACUGGAAGUGUUUUUGUUUGUUUGGUUAGAUAGUUCAUUUGUUUUUGUUUUUUUUCACUGGGAAAUAAAUCCAAUUUAACUUCAGAUACUGGAGUGUGCUUUUUCUUCUUCGUUUUGAUUAUGUAUGUAAGAAGCCUUUGUCUUUGACAUUCUUGGAAUUUGUUGAAGAUCUUUUGGUGGUUAUUGUGGCUCUCCAUUGCUCUGUUAAACCCAUUUGACAUUAUUGGAGUAUUCCAUUCCAUUAUUUAAGAUUUAGUAUUAUUUCAAGUCAAGACGCACUUUUGUAAGAAAAAAAAAUGUUUGACAUUUUGAAAUCUGUUCUUACUCAGAUAACUGGACAUAACCUCUCUGGCAGAACUUUGGAAUAUCAGAGUAAAAAAAAUCACUUCUAAACUAAAUGCUGUUGUAUAUGUUAUGUACAAAUAUGGACUGAGUUCUGGAUUUGGCUGAACUCAUUUUUUUGUGUUGCACAUGUGAGGAAUAUUAAAUCUGUAUGAGAAAAUAA